CUCUCGCUCUCAUGAUCACACCAGCGAAAACAAAAAACGAGAGAAGCAGCAGCAACUAUACCUGCAUCGUUCGCCUUCGCUUGCUCAAAGCGUUCUUGAUUUGAGGAGCCUUCGUGGAAUCGUUCUUUCCUCAUGGCGGAGAUCUGCUGCGAGGUGGCGGCGGGCUCGGGUCGGAACGGUGACUGCAGCGACGCCGGUAGCCGCGCGGCGCGGCGGCGGAGGAUGGAGAUCCGGCGGCUCAGGGUGGUCACCGAGAAAGCGUCCGCCAAGAGGCGGAAGCUCGAGGGUGACGAGAAGGAGGGGGUGAGGCGGCCGGCGCCGAGGUACGGCGUGACAUCCGUGUGCGGCCGGCGGAGGGACAUGGAGGACGCGGUAUCCGCCCGCCCGGCGUUCCUCCACGGCCACCACUUCUUCGGAGUGUUCGACGGCCACGGCUGCUCGCAUGUGGCGACGUCGUGCGGGGAGCGGAUGCACGAGAUCGUGGCCGAGGAGGUGACCGCCGCCGCCGGCGUGCCGGGUUCGGACGAGACGGCACGGUGGAGGGGCGUCAUGGAGAAGAGCUACGCGCGGAUGGACGCCGAGGCCGUCGGCUCUAGGGGAAACGCGGGCCCGGUGCCCACCUGCCAGUGCGAGAUGCAGCUGCCCAAGUGCGACCACGUGGGCUCCACGGCCGUCGUCGCCGUGGUGGGGCCUCGCCAUCUUGUCGUCGCCAACAGCGGCGACUCCCGCGCGGUCCUCUGCAGCGGUGGCGCCGCCAUCCCGCUCUCAUCUGACCACAAGCCGGAACGUCCCGACGAGCUAGAACGGAUCCAAGCGGCGGGCGGCCGCGUUAUCUUCUGGCACGGCGCCCGCAUCUUCGGCAUGCUCGCCAUGUCCCGAGCCAUUGGUGACAACUACCUGAAGCCGUUCGUGAUACCUGACCCGGAGGUGAGGGUGGUGGAGAGGAAGUACGGCGAGGACGAGUUUCUCAUCCUGGCCAGCGACGGCCUGUGGGACGUGGUGAGCAACGAGGUGGCGUGCAACGUCGUGCGCGCCUGCCUCCGGAGCAGAGCACCGCGCGGCGAGGAGCGGUUGAGCCCGACCUCCAGCCCGAGCCCCAGGCAGAGCAGCAGCGGCGGCGACGAGGAGGCAGGGCCCGGCGACGGCGCUAGCUCCGAGAGCGACAGCGAGGGCGGCGAGGACAAGGUGUGCGCCGAGGCGGCCUUCCUGCUGACCAAGCUGGCGCUGGCGAGGCAGAGCUCGGACAACGUCAGCGUCGUCGUCGUCAAUCUCAGGCGGCGCCCAAGGUCGUGACGGGCGGAUCCACCGGCCUAGCCGUUCUUGGUUUCUUGCCCGCCCCUAACUCGAAAUUCGCGUCGACAAAGCAACACGAUCGAACCAAAUGAGAAAGCAAAGAUCGAACAAAAGUGUGACAUCCAUGCAGAACUGCAGAUUCCAGUAGGAUCAUUUCAUUUUAUUUUUUUUGGCGUUUCUGAUCUGGGUCGGACAGAUCAGCCCUCCUUUCUUUUUCUCCAAAGAAAAGCGAAAAGCGCAUGUAUUUCCGAUGUUUGAAGAAACUUUCUCGAGCGUCCGAUAAAUUGUAAUAUAACCCAGUGUCUCUUCCACCUUCCUCUGACUA